GCACCUUUGCCUUCACUUCCUGUUGUAUCUCGAAAGAACCAACCUUCCCUAAAGAAACAGUGAGAGAAGCACCCUACCCUUGCCGCAACUCUCUCUUCAUCCUAUCAAAGCCCCUCUGUUUCCCGGUAACAGAGACUGCGGCGACCCCAAAUCCGAUUGAUUAGUGGGGUUGAAACAGAGAAAUGAGAGGGAUAGAGAUAUCAUUGAAUCAAACCCAAAAGAUAAGGUUGCAGAGAGCUCUGAAACAGCUAGAAUCUUUGUAUUUGAGAGCCAACUUCAAUGCUUCUGUAACUGUCGCCGAUACCAUCCCCGUUAGCAACGAAGACACCAUCCUCAAGGGUCAUGGCACCUCUGAGCGCGACGGAGAAGUGGUGGCGACGCUCUGUGGUGUGGUGGAGCGUGUUAACAAAUUAGUGUAUGUUCGCACGUUGCGUGCCAGGUACAAGCCAGAGAUUGGAGAUAUCAUAGUGGGGCGUGUUGUUGAGGUAGCGCAAAAGCGGUGGAAAUUGGAAAUUAAUUUCAGCCAAGAUGCUGUUUUGAUGCUUUCUUCUAUGAAUUUACCUGAUGGGAUUCAGAGGCGGCGAACUGCAUUGGAUGAACUGAACAUGCGCAGUAUUUUUGAGGAGAAUGACGUUGUGUGUGGUGAAGUGCGUAAUUUUCAGAAUGAUGGUGGCAUACAAUUGCAGGCAAGAAGUCAGAAGUAUGGAAAGCUUGAGAAGGGUCAGUUGCUCACGAUUCCACCAUAUCUAGUGAAAAGACAAAAACAUCAUUUCCAUCAUUUGGAACAUUAUGGAGUUGACCUGAUACUAGGAUGUAAUGGGUUCAUUUGGGUUGGUGAGCUUGUCGAGGCCAGGGACUGUAUUGAAGAGGAUCAACUGAACAAUACUGAACAACAAUUCACCAAAUCCAAUACAACCAAAGAAAUGCCACUAGAGACGAGGCGGAGCAUAUGUCAGAUAGCAAAUGCUAUCCGUGUCUUGUCAAUUUUAGGCUUUAAUGUAACUUUAGAAGUGAUACUGGAGACUAUUGACUUGAGCAGGACACUGAAUCUUGGAAUAGAUGAGAUGCUUGGGCCAGAGUUCCAUGUUUUGGUAGCAGAGAGAGAAGCUGAACGCCGCACAUCGAUGACAAAAAGGAAGGGGUGACACUGUCUUUGGAAACCUAAGUAUACAUGGAGUUGUGUUUUUCCUUCUCUUCCAGGGGUAGGAUGGGUGUGCUGUAGUAAAAGAGGAUUUGUAAAUUUGACAAAAUUGUUGCUCAGCAUCAGAGCAAUUCAUCUUGACAAAUUUUGAUCGUUUUGCCUCAUCUGCGCAGCUCAGAUUGAUUAUAAAUUA